AUGAGUGAAUCGGCAAUUCAUCUUGCUUUUGAAAAGCUAGAAGGACGCGAAAGUUACAAUAACUGGAAAUUCGGCAUGAAGAUGGCCCUGAUUCAUGAAAAUUUGUGGGCUGCGAUAGAGGGUUAUCCUGAAGAAGACACAACUUCAGAAGUCGAGAAGAAACGAAGAGAUCAGAAAGCUUUAGCGAAAAUAUGCUUAAUGAUAAAACCUUCUGCGUAUGCGUAUGUGAGAUCUGCUGAAAAUGCAAAAGAAGCUUGGUCAAAUUUACAAAAAGCAUAUGAAGACAAAGGACUAUCAAGAAGAUUGACGUUGCUACGCACAUUGUCAGGAAUGAAGUUGCAGAAUUUCAAAAAUAUGGAACUUUAUGUAAGUGAGAUAAUGUCUAUUUCACAGAAGUUAGCUGAUAUGGAUGCUGCGUUAGACGACGAAUUUGUUGCUGUCAUUAUGUUAAGUGGACUUACAGAAGAUUAUAAUCCUAUGGUAAUGGCCUUAGAAAGUGCUAACAUCAGAUUGACCAGUGAUUUUGUUAAAGCUAAGCUAUUGCAGGAUAUUAAAUAUUCUAAUAGCUCAAGCGAAAAGGCGCUUUAUUCAAAAAAUAAUAAAGUGGAAAAUAAAGAUAAUGUGAAGGAUAAGCAAGAAAAAACGACAAGCAAGAAGGAUAAAGCUGAUAAAGCUUUACUUGUGUCAGUGAAGAAUUCAGAUUCGGAAGAUUGGUACAUCGAUUCAGGAGCGACUACACAUCUUUCAAACAAGAAGGACUGGUUUGAAAAUUUUAAUUCAAAUACUUCUCAUAAUAUUGCUGUUGCUAGUGGACAUAAGUUAAAGGCUUAUGGUACAGGAGAUGUACUGGUUUCUACAAGAAAUGGUCCGAAGAGAAUUUCUGAAGUAGUCUAUGUACCAGAUUUAAAAACCAAUCUGCUUUCUGUAAGUAAAAUGAUUAAAAAUAAUUACAUUGUUAUUUUUAAUUCCGAAGGUUGUCAAGUUUAUGAUACUGAAGACUGUUCAAUCGAAGGUGAAGUAGUUGUAACAGCUUCAAUUCAUAAUGGUUUAUAUAAAUUGGAUACAGAAGAAUUGGAUACAGAAGUCGGAAAUCUGGCGAAGCAUCUGGAUGGUGAAGAUAUCUGGCAUAGAAGACUUGGACAUCUCAAUCGUAUAAGUAUGAAUUUAUUGAAACAAGGUUUGGCAACAGGAGUUAGUUUCGCUGAUGAAAAAGGUGAGCAAUGUAUUGCAUGCUUACAAGGUAAACAAACAAGGAAGCCAUUCAAAAGAAUUCAAUCAAGUAGAGCUAGAAAUUUACUUGAGAUUAUUCAUUCUGAUUUGUAUGGCCCUAUGCCUGAUUAUUCUUGGAGUGGAAAAAGGUACAUUCUUACUUUCAUAGAUGAUUUCUCAAGAAAAGUUCAUGCUUAUUUUCUUGCUUCGAAAAAUGAAGUAUAUUCAAUAUUCAAGGAAUAUCAAGUCAUGGUGGAGAAUGAAACAGGUCAUACAAUAAAGGUUCUUCGCACUGAUAAUGGACGAGAAUAUCUUAGUCAGGAAUUUAAGGCUUAUCUGAAAUCAAAGGGCAUCAGACAUCAAUUUACAAUUCCUUAUACUCCGGAACAGAAUGGAGUGGCGGAAAGAUUUAAUAGGACAAUCGUAGAAAAAGCACGUUGUAUGAUGCAUGAUGCUAAUUGUGAUCACAAGAUGUGGGCAGAAGCAGUUAAUACUGCUGUCUAUUUAAAAAAUCGUUCUCCACAUAAAAUAAUUAAAGGAGCAACUCCUCAAGAGAUAUGGACAGGUAAAAAAAUAGAUCUCAGUCAUUUAAAAGUCUUUGGUUGUCUAGCAUAUGUACAUGUUCCAAAGAAUCUAAGAAAUAAAUGGGAUGCAAAAGGAAAACCCUAUAUAUUUGUUGGCUAUUGUGAAGAUUCCAAAGGCUACCGAUUAUUUGAUAUAGAAGAUAAAGGAAAGAUUAUCAGAGCAAGAGAUGUUGUUUUCUUGGAAAAUAAAUUUUCAGUAGAAGAAAGAAGUGAAGCAGAUAAUAAUUUAAAUUCUUAUAUUCAUUUGAGUAAUGAAGAUAAAGAAGUUCUUUCUUCUGAAGAAGACAUACAACAAAAUGAUAUUAGAUCAGAAAGAAGAUCUGAAGAAGAUGAAGAAGAAUUUCAAAGUUUAACAGAUCAAGAACAACAAGAUGCUGAAGAAGACAAUAGAGAAACAGAGAAUAGACAUCAAGAUCAUAAAGAUCAAGAUCAAGAGGAUCAAGAUAAUGAUAAAAAUCAAGAUCAAGAGGAUCAAGAUAAUGUAGGAGAAGACAUUAGAGAAACAGAGAGAAGAUAUCCUAAAAGAAAUAGAAGUAGCAAGAAGUUUUCCGAUUAUUUCCUGUUUCAAGCAACCUGUGAGCCAAGUGAUCCUAAGAAUCUUACUGAAGUUUUGAAGCGAGAUGACCAUAAUAAAUGGAAAAAAGCAAUGAGAGCAGAACUUUAUUCAAUGGCGAAAAAUAAGGUUUGGACUUUGGUAGAUCCUCCAGAGAAUCAAAAAAUAGUUAAAAAUAAGUGGGUAUUUCGUACUAAAAGAAAUACAAUGGGUGAAAUAGUCAAAUAUAAAGCUCGUUUAGUAGCUAAAGGUUUUACCCAAGAAUACGGUGUAGAUUACUAUGAAACUUUCUCGCCAGUAGUAAGACAUUCAAAUCAUUUGGAUGUCGAUACUGCCUUUCUAAAUGGUGAAUUAUCAGAAAAAAUCUAUAUGUAUCAGCCAGAAGGUUUCAUAGAUUCAAAUAAUAAAGAAAAAGUAUGUUUAUUGAAAAGAGCGAUCUAUGGUCUCAAACAAUCUUCCAGAGUUUGGAACAAAAAGGUUGAAAAUGUUUUGGAAAAAUUAGGUUUCAAAAAAUCAAAUUAUGAAGCCUGUAUAUACUUUAAAGUUUUAGACAAAUCUAUUAUAAUUAUUGCAUUAUAUGUGGAUGAUUUUUUGAUUUUCUCUAAUGAUGAGAAAGAUUGUUUAAAACUUAAAGAUCAAUUAAUGAAGUGUUUUAAAAUUAAAGAUUUAGGAAAAGCUAAACGAUGUUUAGGUUUAAAUAUACAUAAAGAUAAUUUCAUGAAUACAAUUAGUAUCAAUCAAAAAGAUUUUAUUCAGGAAUUACUUGUUAGAUUUAAUUUAACUGAAGCGAAAGAUGUUGUUACUCCUAUGGAAGUUGGUUCUAAGUUAAAUUAUAAUGAAAAAGAAAAUAUUGAUGUACCCUACCAACAAUUAAUUGGAGCUUUAAUGUUUUUAGCAGUUAAUACUAGACCUGAUAUUGCUUUUGUAACUAGCUAUUUAAGUCAAUUCAAUUUAAAUCAUAAUGCCCAGCAUUGGAAAGCUGCAAAAAGAAUUCUAAGAUAUUUAAAAGGGACAAUCGAUUAUUCUUUAACUUAUCAAAAAACUAAUUCUUUGAAUGUGGUUGGUUUCUGUGAUGCAGACUGGGCAAAUGAUUUAAAUGAUCGAAAGUCUUAUACUGGUUUUGUAUUUAUUUUAGGAAAUGGUGCAAUAUCUUGGGAGGCUCGAAAACAGCGUUUAGUGGCAUUAUCGAGUACAGAAGCAGAAUAUAUUGCUCUUUCCGAGUCUGCCAAGGAAGCUAUACAUUUAAAAGGCUUAUUAAAUGAAUUAAUUAGUUAUGAUGAGAAAAUUAUCUUAUGUAAUGAUAAUCAGAGUGCACAAAAGUUGGCAUGUAAUCCUGUGUUUCAUAACAAGACAAAACACAUUGAAAUCAAAUAUCAUUUUGUCAGACAAACUGUUGACAGAAAUUUAAUUACACUUAAAUAUGUUUCCACUGACAAGAUGAUAGCUGAUAUAUUUACUAAGUCUUUAAAUGGUCCAAAGCAUAAAUUUUGUACAAAAGGACUAGGUUUAAAAAGGUUUUAA